AUGAGCCAUCUAGAUCCAAGUUCAUUAGCUACAUAUAAUUCUCUAGCUGAUCCACAUUUACAAAGUUACUUUAGUAAUGAACGUAUUCGAUCUCACUUAAAACAUGCUGGACUUAUUUCUGGUCGAGGAGAGAUUAUAUCUGAAGGUGAAUAUCGAUCAAAAUUAGCACGACGUGAUCAUGCAAAACAUGUUCGACAUGUACUUGCUGAAAAUAUUGUAAAUCGAGCUAUUGAUAUGGAACGAACACGACAGUCUGAAAUAAAACGUCAAUAUGAAAUAAUAGCAAAAGCAGCUUUAGUGAAUAAUAUUAAAGAAACAAGAAGACGUAGUGGAAAUGUAACUGGAUUAAUGACAAAUUCAAAUGAUAUGGCUCUAUUAUCAAUUGAUACAUCUUGUGCACAAUUACGACCAAAAAGUGCUAAUCAACGAAAUGAAAUGUACGAUGAACAAUUUCGUAUUCCUCGUUUACAAUCGGCUCAUACAAGCGAUGAUCAUCGUAUAAAAUAUCCAUCUAUCACUCCUAAUCGUCGUCGUCGCCGUCAUCGUCGUUCUUCUCAACGACCAAAAUCAUCAAAUAUAAAUCGAAUAUCAUCAGCACAACGACCUCGUUCAUCAAAUAAAUCUAUGGAUUCAUUUACAACAUCUCCGUGUCAAAUAACAAUGGUUUAUUAUGGUCCACAUACAAAAAUUGAUUAUGAUCAUUUAGUAUUUGAACAAAUUGAUGAAAUAAUAGUUAUGCAACAACAUUGUGGAGGAGAAAAUUUAAUUGUUUAUAAAAAUCAUCUUAAACCUGGAGCUAUAUUUACAUUUGAAUCUCGUCGUCAUUCAGAUUAUCCAUUUGGUUUAUCAUUAUAUGUUCAAGGUUUAAUUGAUAGUCGAAUUUCAACAUGUUGUGAAUAUAAACAUCGUCAUGGUGUUAAAUUAGGUGGUGAACGAGGACAUUUUGCAAUUAAAUCAGUACAUGGAUCAAAACCAUGUGUUAAAUGUCUAUAUGAGAAACAAGCACGUUUAAAAAGAUAUGCUCAAUCACCAAAAGAAAAAGAUGAUAAAUUACCAAUAACGAUUCCAUUACCUGCUUCGGAUGAAUUAAAAAUAAAACAAACUCCUGUUAAAAUACCUGUUAGAAGAUAUAGAGAUGUUGAUAAUAAAAAAAUAAAUAAAAUAUCUGACAGAAAAUUUUCACGACGUACAUCAGCUUCAAAUGAUAAUUAUUCAGAAGAUUUUGAUGAUUCAGAUACACAAAAACGAUCAGUUAGAGAUGGAUCUUCAACUGAUACAAGUCAUAGACGUAUACAUAUUAAUGAACGAAAAUCUAAAUCAAAUGGUUCUAAACCAAAGGCAUUUCGACGAUUAUCACCAAGUGCUCGAAAAGAAUCAUCAAUAAAAUCUGAUUCAAAAUUUGAUGAAACUUCACGAAUAGAAUCAACAAAAAAAACUUGGCAAAUUAUUUUUCAUACAGAAAAUAAUUCAAAAGAAAAUAUUCGAAAACAAAAAAAUUAUUUAUUACAAAAUAAAUUAUUACAAUAUACAUUUUUAGCAAAUAAUAAAAAAAUUGAAACUGAAAUGCAUGAAAUUAAUAUGAAAGAAUUAAUGAAAGAUUCAGAAUCAUCAAAACAAUAUUCAUUUUCAACUAAACUUAAAAAUAUUGGAAAACCUGAACAAAUUCGAUUAAAAAUUCGCACUACAAGUGACGAUGAUGAAGAUGAAGAUGAAUAUGACAAUUUUGAAUGGUAUCUCGAUUAUAUUGAAGUUAUUGAUCCAGAAACUCAAUCGCAUUUAAAAUUUCCAUGUGAUGAAUGGAUUCGUCCAUCACAAGAAAAAAUUCUUCAACUUUCUCAACGAAGAAGUUCUUCAAGUAGUUCAAGAUCAUCUUCAAAAGAUAAAAAACAUUAUCAAUCUCCAAAAAUUGAACGAAAACGAAAAAGUUCUUCAAGUCGUUCAAGAUCACCUCCAAAUGAAAAGAGUUAUCAACAAUCUGCAAAAUUUGAACGACAACGAAAAACUUCUACGAGUAGAUCAAGAUCACCUUCAAGUGAUAAAAAUCGUCAAGAAUCUUUAAAAAUUGACCAAACAACAAAAAUAUCUUCACGUUCAAGAAGAUCAUCGAAUUCAUCAAAACAAUCACAAACUAAAAUUGAUUCAGUACGUCGAAUUUCAGUUGAUAAUCAAUCAAAUAAAAGUGAAGAAAUAACUCCUCGUAAUGAUGAUACGACUAGUCGAGAAAAUAAAAUUCGUUAUCGUGUCAUUAUUUAUUCAUCACAUUAUGAUGAUGGAGAAUUUAAUCCAAAUCGAGAUAGUCAAAUGUAUUUACGUUUGAAUAAUCAAAUUAAAGAAACAAAUAUAAUAGAUAAAACUAAACAAUUAUGUCCAUCAUUUGAUUCAAAUGAAAAACAAGAAUUUGAACUUGAUUUAAUACAAGAUAUUAAUGAACAACCAGAAAAAUUAACAAUUGGUUAUAUUAAUUCUGAUCCUUCAGCAAAAACAUGGAAACUUGAAAAGAUUGUUUUAAUUAAUGUUAAAACUGGUGAUGAAACAAUAUUUCCAUGUAAUGAAAGUCUUAUUCGAAAUGAAUCAAAUUUUCGUGCAGAACAAACAUUUGAAAUUCAAUUAAAAGAAUUAGAUGAUGAGGGUACACCAAAAAAUCAAAAAAUUAAAUCUCCAAAAUCUGAUAAUGAAGAAGAAAUACAAAGUUCCAAACGGCAACAACAAAUAAAUAAUGAUAAUAAUAAAAAUAAAAAUAAAGAAAGAUCUUCUUCAUUUCAAAGUAUGAAUGAUAAUGAUGCAAAUUAUAGAACAAUUUUUAAACAAUUAGAUCCAGAUAAUCAAUUAGAAUUAGGUUCAUCUCGAAAUAGUUCUUCACCUUCAUCUACAAAUCGACAAGAUGAAAUUAAAAAAAAUAAUAAAAAUCCUAUUAUUGAUCCUCUUGUUGGUCUCGAUAAUCUUACAGAUCAAACACCUCGUUCAAAUGAUCAACUUAAUCACAAUUCUUUACCACAUACAACAAUUGAAUCAGGAAAACAUCUAUUUAAACCUAUGUAUCCACCUCAGAGUACUGAUGAUGAAGACGAUUAG